CUUUAUUCAAUCAGUAGUGCCCUUUUGUGCAAAAGCAUUCACAAAUACGUAUUCAAUCAACAGGUAGGCCUACUCGUCCAGCUGACACAAUGGUGUUUGCGUUAAUCAGAAAUUUCUUUCGCACAAUAUAUCUCCUUGUUAUGGACUUGUACCACUUUCCCGAAGUUCGUAAUAUGGUCAAAUCAGUUUUGCUCGGUUGGAGACAAGCAGGAAAGAGGAUAAAGUUGACGGACAGCGAGGGGAAUAGCUUCAGAGCAGUCGUCGUUAAGGGAAUUCACUUACAUCCAUUUCCUCUUGUAGAAAGUAACAUUAACAAUUAUGUCAAGUUUCACGCUCGUGAGGAUGAUGUCUGGAUAGUGAACUGGCCUAAAUCAGGAACACAUUGGGUGUAUGAAGUGGUUAAACUGCUCAUAACGGGACGGGAAGAACUCACUGACAGCAUAAAAGAAGGUACCAUGUUCCCAGAGGCGUGCGCUGUGGAGUCCCUGGAAAAACUGCCGUCGCCGAGGGUUUUAGAUACACAUGUGCCGCUGAAGCUGUUUCCAGAAGAAGCAUUGAAGCAAUCUAAGAUUAUAUACACAAUACGGAAUCCAAAGGACGCCUUCGUAUCCUCAUAUUAUCAUAUGAAAAACAACAAAGGCGAUUUGUAUGAUGGAACUUGGAACGGGUACUUCGACUUAACUAUGGACGAAAAUACAUGUUUGUACGGAUCUUGGUUCGACCACGUUGCAGAUUGGAUGGAAGUUUUAGAAAAUAACCCCAAUGCCUUGGUGGUCAAAUAUGAAGACAUGAAGCGGGACCUUAAAAAAGAGGUACGCCGCAUUGCAGAAUUUCUAGGUUAUCCCAAAUCCGAAGAGGUCUACGAAAAUGUGACUACAAAGUGCUCUUUUGGGCACAUGAAGAAAGCAAAGAAAGAACCGAAAUCUUUUUGGAAACCAGGAGGCAGCAUGUACAGAAAAGGUAUUGUUGGUGACUGGAAGAACCAUUUCACUGUAGCGCAAAACGAAAAAUUUAACACCAUCUUCAACGAGAAACAAAAUAAGCUGAGAGUGAGCGUUGACUUCGACAUAAAAGAAGGCACCAUGUUCCCGGAGGCGUGCGCUGUAGAGUCCUUGGAAAAACUGCCGUCGCCGAGGGUUUUAGAUACACACGUGCCGCUGAAGCUGUUUCCAGAAGAAGCAUUGAAGAAAUCUAAGAUUAUCUACACACUACGGAAUCCGAAGGACGCCUUCGUGUCUGGAUAUUAUCAUAUGAAAAACGACAGAUCGCUGGUGGGAUAUGAAGGAAGUUGGAACGGGUUUUUCGAAUUAUUUAUAAACGAAAAUACAAGUGUGUACGGAUCUUGGUUCGACCACGUUGCAGAUUGGAUGGAAGUAUUAGAAAAUAACCCCAAUGCUUUGGUGGUUAAAUAUGAAGACAUGAAGCGGGACCUGAAGAAAGAGGUACGCCGCGUUGCAGAAUUUCUAGGUUAUCCCAAAUCCGAGGAAGUCUACGAAAAUGUGACUAAAAAGUGCUCUUUUGGGCACAUGAAGAAAGCAAAGAAAGAACCGAAAUCUUUCUGGAAACCAGGAGGCAGCAUGUACAGAAAAGGUAUUGUUGGUGACUGGAAGAACCAUUUCACUGUAGCGCAAAACGAAAAAUUUAACACCAUAUUCAACGAGAAACAAAAUAAGCUGAGAGUGAGCGUUGACUUCGAGCUUUGAUGAAUGCAUUUGGGCCAAUAGUUAACAGUCAACAGUGUAGUUCAAUGACACGUUUUCAUUAUUGUUCAUCUAGGGAGUAAAGGCUUAGACAUGUAUUAUGCUCUGAAAUUCUGCAAUCAGAAUAAAAUCCAGAGCAGUAUUACUGUGAUAAAAAUAUUUUAUUUUGCAAUCUUCAAGCUGUACUUGAGGAUAAGAAACAUUUCUUAUAGUAAAAAAAAUUAAGAAUGUUUAAUUAUUUCAUUAGAUCCAGAAACUGAGUGUUGGUUUUGCACCAAAAACUGCUUGAGACUAGAUGGGUGUAAUUUACAAGCUUAAUUUGAAGGACUGAAGGAUAGUAUUUCAUUUCUCAUGCCAUGCUUAAAAGCUCAUAUUAUGCAGCAAAAAGACACUAUAGUUCAAUAUCUGAAAAGCAGAUGAACUACAUGUACUUUGCUUAUAGUCUGCUGGUUCAUGCCCUGUGCGAACCACAGGUCGAGAAUAAAUUUUGCUUGCAAGUCCACAUGUCAAAAAAUUAACAAAAUGUUUACAAACCUAUACAUUAAAAUUUUAUGUGUGUCUAUAAAUAAUCGUGAUGUUGAUCUAUUUAUGAAAACCUUUGUAUUAUUGACAUUUUUGCUUUACACGCAUUUUAUAUUUUUCAUGUGAAGUAAGUAUCUAUCUAUCUAUCUAUUUAUCUAUCCAUAUGCGAAGGACGAAGGCAAGAUGCCAUUGUUAGAACAUUAAGAAGAUGAUUAUUUUCAAUCCAAGUCGCCCCUUUCUGUACAUGUUUGAAGAACCAAUACAAAUAUGCUGAUUGUCUUAUGUAUUUAUCAGUGCCAAUGAUCCAAACAUAUACUAUGAAGGACGCUCAAAUAGUGCCCUUUU